AUGGACAUGCCAUCUCGAAACAACGAGUCAGAUCGUAUUGAGAUUAACUCAGGUACCUCAUCUCAAAGCGCGCGGUAUUUGGAGUCCAAGAUUAUAGAUGACUUUUGGUGGGCGCAUAAUGCUUUACCUAAAGACUUUCUCAACACUGCCCGUUGGUCCGCCGCUAAUUUGACCAUGCUAGCUUUCUCACAGCAGAACUGUCAAAACGAGACUGACGGUAGUAUGUCGUGUCCGCUAGUCGGCGGCAGGGACAAGGCGAAAGGUCCCGUGGCUUGGGGCCAACCAACUGGCUAUAUUGCAGCUGCGUGCAUCUUGUACCCGUGCGUCAAACACUAUGCUGGCAAUGUAAGCUUGGGGUCGCUUUCAGAACGUGUCGUCAGGAACACACCGCUGCGUGUACAAACUACAAAAAGUCUUGAGCACUCAUCUGGUGGCCAUGCAGCUAAUCAGGUUCCUCAAGGACUGUCGGGGGUUCAAUAUCCUUGUUCUGUCAACGGCACACUAUACACCUCGACGAAUAUGACUUCGGAAUCCGAGAAGCUACCAGAAGACGAGAGACAAACUGUCUUCAUUCACCCCGAAGGCUGGGAGAACCAUAGCCUUCACGAAGCGGUUGAUUACCGCAAUUUCACUGCUCCUCUCGAAUGCGUUGUGUCACUAAGACACCUCUUUAUUUAUUCCUUUCGGCGGACUCUCUUUGAGGCCUUCAAUGCGUACUGUAGGCCUGAAGGCUACCAGACCAAUUUUGUAUCCUGCUACACGGCGACUGAGGGUAGCUCGUUGCCUAUGAUCUCUAUCCUACGCCCUCGUUCUACAAGUAUACAGAAAAUUUCAGAAUCAAUGAAUGCCAUGGCCGUGCGCCUAACGACAGAGUUUCGACGUGCAGGGUUGGACGCCUAUGGCAAUGCCCGUGCGGUUAUCGAGGGACAGGGCUGGGAAAACAGAUCAUGCCUCAGAGUUGCCUGGGAAUGGAUGAUGUUACCAGCAGUAAUCUUGCUCAUGUGCAUGGUAUCGAUAUUUUGGCUCAUCAUUAGUGACCUUUUAUCCAAAGGCAACGUCAUUGUAUGGAAGGGUUCAGUUCUGCCAUUUUUGCUGAAUGAUAAAGUAUCUACAGUGGAAAAGAUGAGUUUAGAGGAACUAGAUUUGGCUGGCAAGAAGUUUGAGAUAAAGCUGGAAAGGUCUUAA